GCACAAAAUUACCCGUAAAAUUUUCGAUUUUUCUUUGUCGUUACUACCUGUUUCGUACACCACUAGUGUCGAACGGUUCGUAGUUCCGUGUUCGCUGAGUAUUUCUUUAAGUACGUAAUCGAGACUGUCGUAUCAAAAUGUCGCACGAUUAUAAUAAAUGAUAUUUCGCGAUUCGUGCCAUAAAAGUGCUAUAACAUCGAUAAAUCUGAGAGGAGGAGCAGGCCCAGGGGGUGUCAGGCGACAGCGGAGCAACUAUAGAAUCAACAUAAACUACAACUCUGCUGUUUCACAUCAUGUACAGAUGAACCUUCGCGCUACUAUCAGUGCUAUCGUAGAUAAUAUUCGUUUCCGUCGUAAAAUUGUUCCGUCAUAUAAUAGUAUCAUAGAAUGUAUCGGAAGUGCCGUUAUAUGCCGGGAGUGCCGUGAUAGUUUCGCACGAGUACGAAACGCCGUAAUCUAGCGAAUCUAUAGAUGAACGCAUUUUUGCUGUAUGACAAAUAUUGGGACACGAUUUUUUU